AGGCCGUUUUGGAAAUAAAAGCACGUGAUUGGUAACAAUCUAACCAAUCAGAGCAGAUCAAAGUUUUGAAACGAGAUUCAAGAUGGCUGACGUCCUGAGAGGUCGGGACGUUGCUGACGCUCAAAAUAAUGCCAGAAAACAAGGAAAAUUGGAUGCUAAAACAACACACGAAGAUUCUGCUGUCGCCGUAAAGAAAUAUGAAAAGGGACUGGAUGUGUGGAUACAGGAUGAGGCACUAGUCUGGGUACAGGCCACCGUUGUGGGCACCAUGAAAGAUGGCAGGAUUAUUGUCAGAGUUGGACCAGGCCAGGAUUCUGUAGUGUGGGUGAAGGGAGGCUACCCACAGCUGUGUGGAGAGAACAACUUUGUGGAGACAGAAGACCUCACCAGACUCAACCCUCUAACAGAACCUGCAGUGUUACACUGCAUCCAUGAGCGGUACAAGCAGGGUGAGUACUACACCACAGCAGGCAUUACGCUGGUGGCUGUCAACCCUUUCAGCACUGUCCCCAGUCUCUACAGCCUGGCAAAGAUACAUCUCUACAGCACUGCUCAACCACAGGAUGUAAAGGAGCUACCACCGCACGUGUUUGCUGUGGCACAGCAGGCCUUUGGUAACCUGUCCAGAGGCCUGGGGAGCCAGGCUAUCAUUGUCAGUGGUGAGAGUGGAGCAGGCAAGACAUGGACAGCUCGAUGUCUAAUGAGAUACUUGGCAACAACUUCAGCAGGGAAGAGACUACCUGGACAAAGAACCCCAACCAGUAUAGUAAAGAUAGAAAAGAGGAUACUUGACUCCAACCCAAUACUAGAAGCCUUUGGCAAUGCUGGAACAGUCAGAAACCACAACAGCAGUAGGUUUGGAAAGUUUAUACAGCUGCAGUUUAACAGGUCUUACCAUCUAGUUGGUGCCUCCAUCCAGACCUAUCUGCUAGAGAAGACCAGAGUUGUACACCAGGCACAGGGAGAGAGGAACUAUCACAUCUUCUACCAGCUGUACCAUGGCAUCAGUGAUGAGGAGAGAGAGUUACUGGGAUUGGGAGGAGAGGAGGAGGAGUACCAGUUUGAGUGGUUACCUACUGAUGAGUCACAGAACGACAGAGAUGAAGACUGGUCAUCUUUUGCCAUCACCCGACAGGCUAUGACAAGUUUGGGUAUCGGAAAGUGUCAGCAGCAAGAGAUAUUCAGGCUCCUGAGUGCCAUUCUUCACCUUGGAAACAUUGUGUUCAACAGUGAUGCUCAUGAUGAUGGCUGCCCCUGUACCAUAGAGGAGGACGACCAAAGAUGUCAGCAGUCCUUGCGCGUGGUGUGUUCGUUGUUGGGAGUGAACGAGGACGCGUUGGGGAGAUGUCUGACAUACAGACGCAUCACGGCGGUGCCGGGCCGCAGGAAAAGUGUCUUCAUGAAACCCUGCAAGCCUGACGAGUGUGUCGCUAGACGGGACUGUCUUGCCAAACUGCUCUACGCAAGGUUGUUUGACUGGCUCGUGGACAUCAUAAACAAGAACAUCUGUGGGGAGCAAGCAGAAUGGAAAACUUUCAUUGGUUUGCUUGAUGUUUAUGGGUUUGAGAGUUUCCCUGAGAACAGCCUGGAGCAGCUGUGCAUAAAUUAUGCUAAUGAGAAGCUGCAGCAGCACUUUGUCCACCACUUCCUCCGAGCUCAACAGGAGGAGUAUGAAGAAGAGAUGAUCCCGUGGAACUACUGCCAGUUUGUGGACAACAAGGACUGUCUGGAGCUCAUCGAAGGGAAGAUCAGCAUCUUUGCACUUGUCAAUGAGGAGUGUCGGCUGAAUCGUCCCUCAGACAGCCAACAGCUUGCCGAUCGGAUCCACUCCACCCUGGGGGAGAGUAGGCACAUCUUCCGCCCCAAGUCCAUCCACGGACAGGCCGCCUUCACGGUGCACCACUACGCAGACAGGGUCACCUACCAGGUCCAUGGGAUCAUGGAAAAGAACAAGGAUGCCGUGCCUGAGGAGCUGGUAGAACUGAUCACACAGAGUGGGAACAAGUUUGUCAGCAGCCUGGUGGGGGACAUGGUGGUCAUGGGAGAUACCACUAGCAAGAAGGGGAGGACAGCCAGGACUGUAGUCUCCAAGUUCAAGGCUUCCCUUGACAAACUGAUGCACACCCUUGAGUCCACCUCCCCACACUACAUCCGCUGUAUCAAACCCAAUGUCCAGUCCAGGCCUGGUGUCUUUGACAGGAGACACGUUGAGAGGCAGCUGCAGGCGUGUGGAGUUCUGGAGACAGUGAACAUCAGCAGGCUGAGUUACCCCACCCGUCUGGCCUACCCUGCCUUCCUGGAGCGGUAUGGUAUCAUCAUGAGGACAGCUGCAGACCAGGCUACCAGUAGCAGGUCCAGUGUGUCUAGUUUGUCCUCCUUGUCGGAUGAAAACCUGGACACAGAGAACAUGGACCCACAAGACCUCCUGAGGAGGAAGAACCUUGUGGCAGGUGGGACACCUGGAACACCUGGCAGGAGGAGAAGGAGGAGGACAGCAAGAAGAACAGCGGUAGGAAUCGAGCACCAUGCCCGACAGUGUUGCCAGGCCAUCCUCAGAGUGGUGUUUGGGCCCAACCUCACACAGCAACAAGUACAGUAUGGGAAGACUAAGGUUUUCCUUGGACUUGGCAUGUUUGAUGAGUUGGAGUCUGCCCGUGCUCGCCUGCUAUCCCAGAAUGCCUUCACCAUCCAGUGCUGCUGGAGGAGGUACAAGAGGAGGAGGGUUGCCAUGGCAACGGCUGCACUCACCAUCCAGAAAUACUUCCGGGGCUGGAAGGCCAGACAUUACAUCAGAACCCUCCACUGGGCAGCCCGCAUCAUCCAGAGAGCUUUCCUGCAGCACAUGCUGAGGAAGGUUCAGCACAGACUACAGGAGGACCCAGAGGACUCAAUCCUUGGGCUGGAAGGAGAGAUGGAGCAUGCCCUAUCAGGCAUUGAGCUUGACCACUCCACCGUCAAUCACGAGGCCCCAGUUGUCAUGGAGACAAGCCAUAACGACACCGGAAGUGACAUGGUGGACACCCAUGAGUUUGAAGCCCAGCUGAGCUGGAGAAUCGCUGACAGUAGCGGGAGGGCGUCGAGCCUGUACGAAGACUCGCUGACAAUCAGAGAGAUGGGGACGUACCACUGCAAGUUUUCUGGGGAGACAGAACAGAGAAGGUCACUGGACAGGGAAAUCUUCCAAAGAGAGGGCAUUGCCUCCAUAAGACAAGUUCUUAAGGGCCCAAUUGUACUGCAUGUGAAGGCUUCAGUGCUGGCCUUCUCCAAUACCUGUCCAUGGAUCGACACUGCCUACAGUCUCGCUGAUGUACUCAGGUUUUAAAGACCAUGCAAAGAUGCCUCAUCUACCAACUGAAAGGUCAAGAUAUUCAUGACUGUGCUUGCCAUGUAAAUGUCUGUACAUGUGUAAAAAGCUAUAUUUUCCCAAUCCUAUGGUGUUUUUAUGGUGAUACUGCUGCUGAAUGUAGAACAAAUUGAAACUUAAAGAAUUGUUUUCUAUGGACAAUAGUAUAUUAUUCAAGUAGAGUUGCAGCUUUUCUAUAUCAGAUUCUUUUAACUAAACCACAAUUUGUGUAGGGUCAAAUAAAAAAUCAUAAGGGGUGUGGGUAUUUUAAGGGUAAAAAGAUUUGUACAUGUACCCCAAUCAUGCCACAUCUGUAUUUUCUUUUUUCUCCCGCAUGUAAAAUGACUUGAAAUUCUAUAUAUAUAUUUGUCUUGCAGACGUUGAGUUUCAAGAAAACCCCUCAAAAUUCUUAUUAUGUUUUAAGACUUGUAACUUCCUUACUUUUACAUGCUUAAGGUAUCCAUGGAUGUAUGCUGACAAGAUAUGCUUUGAAAGCCACAAUUCAGCUUGUAAGACUUCAAUGAUGUUGAAGAAAAGUUAGAAGAUGUAAUUAAUCUGAAAAUCGGCCAUAAAAGAACACCACAAAGGACUGCUUUCUCAAUGAAGUAUUUGUCUCACUAGAAUUUCAUUGGUAAAGAGCUUAAAGUGUAUAUCUGCAUUUAGCCACAUGAGUCAGAGAUAUAUCAUUUUCCUCACAUUUCUGAUGUAUUGUAUGUUAGUCGCAUUGUUGUAUGCUAAAAUAUACAAAGACCUCAUUUACUGCUGCUGCAACUUGAGAUGACAGUAAAUACUUAAAAUGAGAACUCUGUAGUAUUGUAUAGCAAUAGAUGCCUGAAUAAAUGAUAUGAAGGGAGUACUUAGUGUUUUCCUGUUUUAAUCUCACUAUUGCUGUUUUCACUACAGUCUAUGUCAAUUCUAGAAAAGUGCUCCUGUCCCUGGUGCUGAAUGAUACUCCCUUGGAAAUAAAUAGCGCUGAUGAAUUGUA